AUGGUCCUCUACGUCAUCGGCCUCGGCCUUGCCGAUGAGAACGACAUCACUCUCAAGGGAUUCCAUGCUGUCAAAUCGUCCGAGCGCAUCUAUCUUGAAAGUUACACCAGCAUUCUCAUGGUCACGGGCUUCAAGGAACGUCUCGAGGCACUCUACCAGAAACCUGUCAUUCUAGCGCACCGCGAGACCGUUGAGCUCGAAGCUGAAUCGAUCCUCGAAGGUGCUGCCACUUGCAAUGUAUCCUUCCUCGUCGUUGGCGAUCCCCUCUCAGCGACCACGCAUACUGACCUCAUCCUGCGAGCAAAGCAAAGCUCUCCGCCCAUUCCAGUCAAGAUCAUUCACAAUGCCAGCAUCAUGACCGCCAUCGGCUCGAGCGGCUUGGCUGGAUACAACUUCGGCCAGACCGUCAGUGUUCCUUUCUGGACAGAGGACUGGAAGCCAGAUAGCUGGCUUGAACGCAUCGGUGAAAAUCUCCACAUUGGCCUUCACACCCUCGCCUUGUCCGACAUCAAAGUCCGCGAACAGAGUGCACAGGACAUGAGCAGAGGCAUCCUCCGCUAUCAAGAUCCCCGCUACAUGCUUAUCCCUCAACUCAUCUCACAACUCAUCUCGGCUGCGAAUUCACACAAAGUCGAUUACCUUGACCCUAAUCGCACACUUGCCAUCGCUCUUUGCAGAAUGGGCUCAGAAGACGAACGCAUCGUCUCGGGAACAUUAUCAGAGCUCUUGGACAUGGCAAACCCAAGUCCAGAGCAAGCUCAAGCAGAAGGAGCAGAAGACGACGCAGACGAGAUGGCUAGCGAAGCUGAACUCGACAAGCGACGUGCUGCGAGAGCAGAAGCCCGUGCCAAAAAUGUCUUCGGAGAACCGCUUCACAGUCUAGUUAUUGUGGGCAAGCGUCUCCAUCCUUUGGAGCGCGAUUACGCCGCCAACUAUGCUUGCCCAGGAAGCAAAUUCGUUCAGGUCGCCAACGACGUCUACGGUUGCAAGGAAUGA